AUGGCUGGGACGGUCGAUUACGACGCUCUGAGCACGGACUGGAGCGCCUUCUUCUCCCUGCUGUCCAAUGAUCGCGGGCUCAAGCUGCGCCUCAACCUGCCAGACACGCUGGUGUUGCAGCACGGCCAGCCGCUGGCCUGGUUUGCCACCAACACGGAGGGCUAUGUUGUGCAGCGCUCUGCGGCGCUGGCGAGCAUGGAGGACGUGCGGCAGCACCUGCUGAGCUGCUCCCUGGACAGCCACGGCGCCUACCCGCAGCACGUGGCGGUCAUGCGGCUGCAGGGCGGCGUGCCCAAGCUGCUGACGCGGGCCGCGCUGGGCGCUCUGUGCCAGCGCAUGGCGGCGGAGCUGGAAGCUGGGGAGGCAGGCGCCCCCGAGCACACACCGUGCGUGCUCCAGGCCUGCCCCGUGCCCUUCCUGGACCUGCGCUUUGUGACCUCCUUCACCAACACCGGCGCCGCCACCUCGUGCCACACCUUCCAGCGCCACUUCAGCCGCCGCUACCUGGCCUACCGGGAGACCGGCUUCCUGCCCGCGCCUGGCGCCCUGGCCGCCGGCGCCCCGCUGCCGCGGCAGGCCACGCCCGAGCUGAUGCCGCGAGCCGGCCCCGCCAGCCCUGCCGCUGCCACUGCAGUGCCGGCAGCGGCAUCGACAGUACCAGCGCCCGGCUCUGGCGGCGCAGCGGCGGCGCCGGCACAGGGAGGCGCAUCGGCGGCGCCGGCAGAGGGAGGCGGCGGCGUGUGCGAGGCGGAGGAGGGUGAGGGGCUGGACGACGGCGCUCUGGCCGACAGCGAGCGCAGCCUGAGCAAGACCCUUGGCCCCGUGGACCCCUCACUCAAGAUGGCAAUGCGCAAGGCGGCGCACGGCCUGGUGCAGUAUGUGCAAAAGGCGCACCUGCUGACGCUGCGGGGCCUGGUGUGCGAGUUUGUGAGGGACGGCGGCGGCCACCUGUGGUUCCUGGGCCCGCUGCGCAUGCAGUGGGCCUCCCUCAUACCAGGGCGGGGCGGGGAGCCCUGGGCCAACGCCAACCUGACCCAGCAGCCGCGCGACGAGGACUCCUGGCCUUCCACUGUGAACGAGGAGGCGGAGCAGCAGCAGCAGGGGCAUCCGGAUGGCGAGGUGCAGCAGGCGGCGGUGGCCGCUGGCAGCCUGGACAGCAAGCUGGCUGCUGGGCUGUCGCCCCCGCACCUGCUGCCGCCGCCUGCUUUCCAGCGGCACGAUGCGCAGCAGCAGCCGGCGUCGCCCAGCACGGCAGCCAGGGGAGCGCUGCUACCCGCGGUCGGCGGCUCUCCGAAGCUUGCGGCGGCCGCGGGCGGCAGCCCGCCUGCCAAGGGGGCGACCGUCUCGCCUGGCGCGCAGCGCACCAGCCCAGAUCAGCUGAGGGCGGGCCUCCGCUGCAGCCCAGGCCAGGCAGGAGUGAGGGAGCGAGUGCUGCCGCCCUACCCGGGCGGGAGCGGUCGGCGGCAGCCGCAAGCCACCUCACCUGGCGGCGGCGGCGGCGGCGGCGGCGGCGGCGGCGGCUGCCACAGCACGCCCAAGGGCUCUGCAGCCCUCACCACCCACCUCACAAAGGAGCUUGAGGCCCUGAAGGAGGAGCUGCUGCUGAAGGCAGAUCUCAUAGACGCUCUGGAGUGCAAGGUGGAUGCCCUGGAGCACGACAAGCAUGUGGUGACCGGCGCCUUUGAGGCUGUAGUGGAGGGGAUGCAGGGAGACCUGCGGGAGGUGAAGGGGAGGCUGGAGGAGCUGAGGAUGGAGCGGGACAGGCUGGCGUGCCAGCUGGCCGAGGCGCAGCACAAGCUGGCGGGCGCCGACGUGGAGCGCGGCCAGCUGCGGGCGGCUCUGGACUCGGAGCGCGGCACCGCCUUCACAUCCAUAAGCCAGUUCCAGCGGCAGCAGGAGGAUGCGGGGCUGCGCGCGGCGAGGGCAGAGGCGGAGCUGCAGUCGGUCCAGGAGCGGCUGCGUGAGGAGCAGGCGGCGUGCGAUGCCCUGAAGAAGCAGAUGGUGUUCUAUCAGCACACGCUGGGCGAUGCCGGCGAUGGCAGCCCCGGGGCGGUGACGCUGUCAGAGGCGGGCAGGGUGUUGUGGGGCCAGGGGCGGCCCGAGGUGGAGUAUGCGGAGACGCUGCAGGCGAGUGCGGUGGACGAGCUGCUGAUGCGGGAGAGCGACCCCGCGGGCGAGCGCUACUCGCUGUCCAAGGUGCUGCACACGUGCCAGGGCGACCUGCACGCCACCUUCCUGCACUACUGCCUGCUGGACGCUGGGUUUGCGCGGCACUGGCCCCCCAAGCUGUCCCUGGGGGGCUGGCUGGCCUUCAUGAAGGAGAUUGGCAGCACCAACCUGGUGCCGGGCACCCGCACCCGCUCCGACAACACGCUGCACGUGCAGGAGGCGACCGACGUCUUCCGCCGCUACUGCCUGCGCCAGGCGGUGAUGAAGGGCGGCGCGGCCCCGGCGCGGGCCAUGAGCCAGCUGCACCUGGAGGCCGUGCCCAGCGGCGGCGCCUCUGCCGGGCCUGCGCCCGACCAGCCGCCGCGGCCGGCCUCCGGGCAGGGCGGCGGCGGCGGCGGCGGCGGCGGCAUGCCUAGCAGCCGCCCCUUCAGCGCCAGCUCAGCGGCGCAGCUGUCUGGAGCCAGCAUGAGCUACCAGAGCUUCUGUGCGGCGCUGGUGCAUGUGGCCGCCAAGCUGGCGCGCGGCAGCCUGGAGACACUGGAGGCCUGCCCCUUCCUCUCGGAGCAAACCCGCGCCUUUGUCGACUCCAUUCUGCCCCGGGCGCAGCAGGUGGCUCCCACCGCCCAGGCGGCCUUCACCCGCAAGGGAGCCGCUGGGGGCGCCGCCGCUGCGGCAGCGGGGGCCAAGCCUGGAGGCGGGAUGGGCGCCAAGGAGGCCGCCGCCAAGGAUGCGGCGGCCAAGCUGCCCAAGCUGAAGAAAGCGAGGAGCAGGGCGGAGGCGCCUGCGGCGGCGGGGGCCAGGGCAGGCAGCACGGCGGGGGCGGAGAUAAGCACCAUCGCCGAGGCGUCCCGUGAGGGCAGCGCCGCGGUGCGGCCGGGCAGCGGCAGGGGGGCCGACUGA